GCGAGCUGUGAUUGGUCACAGCUUGUCACAUGGUACAAGGCUGUUGUGAAUAGCCUUGUACCAUGUGACCUCUGUGAUCAUUCACAGAUUUCACACGUAGUAAGCAAUGAUGUCACAAGUAACAUCUUGCUUACUACUUUGCAUGUGAUCACUGAUUCGCCAAUCAGUGAUCACGUCUUGUGACCCUGCGCUGCUAUCACGCCUCCUAAUGCUAUUCAAUAAUGUUACUUGUUCUCUGCCUAUACUAGUCUGAGGUUGUUUGAAUUUAUUGUAUUACCUCUGCUAGUUUCUGUGACUUGUCUUAAAGGAUAAGUUCACCUUUGGA